AUGUUGUCCGGUGUAGAGACCGCCGACAACUUCGACCUCGACGACUUGAUGAAGAGGUUCACCACCGCCGCCGACUCUCCCGCCCGGCCGAUGGUCCCCAAGUCCAUGGUCCACGACCAGCAGCAGCAGCUCGAGCAGUACUCCGGCGACGGCUCGCCGACGUUUGACCCGAACGGCUUUAACGGCGCCGAUCUCGCAAACACCUCCAACAGCUCCGAAUGGCUCAACCUCUCUUUCGAGUCUGUCCUCGGCUCUGGCAGCCCCUCCUCCCGUGGAUCGUCGCUCGAGACUCCCAACCUCCCCUCUACCACCUUUGACCCUACAUCCUCCUCGAUCGACCCGACCCGUCUCAAGGAGGCAACCGCCGACAUCUCCCCUAUGUGGUCCGAGGCUGCCCUCCCUCGUGAGAUGCCUGCUUGCCAGCCGCCAGCGUUCAACCCGCCAACAAUCAACAUUGUGCAUGAGUACCCGGAGAUGAGCACUCCCUCUCGCCGCGGCCAUGUGCGCAAGUACAGCGAAAUCGACACCGCCUCGACGAUGUCGUCCAAGAAGCUGAGGCGCCAGGGCUCGCUGCCCGAGCUCCACAUCCCUGUUUACAACCCGAUCAACGGCGGUCGCACCUUCCAGCGGUCGCUGUCGACCGGACCGAUCGUUGGCCCCAACGACAUGAGCGGGUCGCUCUCCGCGCAGAGCUCGCCCUUCCUGACGGCUGCAUCGCCCAUCAUGGCGCCGCUGUCGGCUCCUGCGAUGGCGCAGCACCCUAACUCAUUCAACACGGCGGUGCCACCGAAUAGCCAACCCCUGCCAACUCCUAUUACACCCGUCAUGCCUCAAACGGCAGUUCCUGGCCGCUCGUACGGGUACAGCAAUCUUGCCACCAUCCCCGAGGCGCCGAGCUCUGCGCCCCCGCACGUCCAGUGGAUGCCCAUCAACGCCGACCAGCACCAGAACCAGAACCAGCAGCAGCCGCAACAGCAGCAGCAGAUGGAGUUCUACCCCCAGUCUGCCCAGGACCUCCCUCCUAUCCCGACGUCUGUCUCUGCUCCAGGCACCGGUGUCCAGGUCGUCAAGUCGCCAUUGAUGCAGCAGCACUCGCCGUUGGUGCAGGCACACUCGCUCCCCAACACGGUCCCAACCGUCCAAGUUCCGGGUCUCCCGCAUCACUCGCACUCCAGGCACUCGUCCAUCAAUGGCAUUCCGACACCCACCAUGCAGGUGGCGCAGCUGCCCACCCAGAACGCCGCCACCAUCCAGCAGAUGCAUCAACAACAGCAGCAGAUGCACAUGCAACAGAUGCAUGACGGCGUCAAUCUCGGCAUGGGCCGCCCCAUCCAGCCUCCCCACGUUCGCCGUUCAUCCGACUCGGAGCUCGCCUUCAACAUGGGCUCCAGCGUUGCAUCCAUGCUUCGGUCAUCGUCGGUCCCGCAGGCGCACGGCCAGAAUAUGGUCCGCGCCUCACAGGUGUUCGGCACCACUGCGCUUCCGCCGCCGCCCCCGGUCGCCACCUACACGCACCAGGGCGUGGUCAUGGGCCAGUACGCUGACCCCAUCGGGCAGCAGCACUUCAUGGCGCCGAUGCCGACUUCGCCGCCACGCAAGCGUACCGUCACUAAGCGUGUCGGUAUGUGCUUGAAGCCGGGUCCCAAGGGCAAGGUCAAGUCCAGGGUCAACUCACUUGACCCGGCAGCUGCGGCUGCGAUCAUGGCCGGGAAGAGUGACGCUCUCCUGCACGGUGACGGUUCCAUGGCUGCGGUGCCCGAGGAGCCGCCCGUGCCCCUUGUUCCCGUGACGGUGGAGGAAUUCCGGAACGCCUUCACGAUGACUGCACACGGAACUCUAAUUCCCAACCCAGAGCUUGACGCGCUCACGGAGCGGCUCAUGUACGCCACGGACGAGAACGUCGUGGACGCGUGCUUCCGCUUCUGCUACGCGAUCGGGACUGAGUACAACAAGGCCGCUGAGAAGCAAAGCAAGUACUUCAAGUGCUGCUUUGACGAGUGCGCCGGCGUCAACAUGCGCGUGUUCAUGCGCAAGAGUGCCGUUGACUCGCACGUCCGCACUCACGUCGGCUACCGCCCAUUCAAGUGCGAGGCCGACCCCGAGUGUGACGCCCGCUUCGUCCGCAAGCACGACCGCGACCGUCACGUCGCGACGACACACCGCAACGAGAAGAGCUUCCUGUGCACCGACUGCGGGCAGAACUUUGCGCGCUCUGAUGCGCUGCUGCGCCACCGCGCCAAGCGCGAUGCGUGCAAGGCCCGCAUGAUGGGCUAA